CCUCUUGAUCGCAUCCCACCGUGGUGCUCCACCACACAAGAGGAUGAGUAAGAAGUUCACGAGCCUCUCUCUCAUCUUGACCGCCGGGAUUAGGAUGGAAAGGUGAAAGUUGCCUUUUGUAAAUCCUUGAUUUCUAACAUCUAAUCCUCGACAUUGAUUUGGAUCUAAGAGCAUGUGAGAUGCUGCAUUGUUGAUUAAGUUGUACAUCGAGGGGAGCAGAGAGGAUGCUUGUUGUCUGGAUUCUUCUCUUGAUGGUCGAGGGGGGACUUGCUGAGGCCAAGAAACCUGCAGAUGCAAGUGUGGGAUCUAAAGGCGUCCAGCCAUCUCAGCGGCCCCAGCAAUCGCGGUAUUGUGGAAACUGGGAGCGAAACACAGACGGAGGCACCUUCAGCUCCCCAAACUAUCCACUCACCUACCCGCCAAACAGAGAAUGCCUGUUUGUCCUGGAAGGUAGCGGACACAACAGAUCAAAACUCCAUUCCCCUGUCUGCUGCUAACACAACCAACAUUUGUGGAGAUGUUUUUUUUUUAAGUCGCCACUGUGUUGCCCUGUCCUCUCUUCCUCCAGCUCAGCCUCGGCAGAGAAUAGAGCUGCUCUUCGACAAGGUCUUCUACAUAGAGGCGUCGUUCGAGUGUCGGUUCGACCACAUCGAGGUGCGGGAUGGCCCCUUCAGCUUCUCACCACUCAUCAACCGCUUUUGUGGUUCUGCCAGCCCGGGCCUGGUCCUCUCCAGUGGUCGCUUCAUGUGGAUCCGCUUCUUCAGUGAUGAAGAGCUGGAGGGAACCGGCUUCCAGGUUCAGUACAGCUUCACUGCAGAUCCUGAGUUCCAUCUCCAUGUGGGAGGUCUGCUCAACCCCAUACCAGAUUGUCAGUUUGAGUUGACUGGAGCCGAUGGUCUGAUCCGGUCUAGCCAAGUCGACGAGGAGUACAAAGUCAAAGCCGACCAGCCAGUCGACUGCAUCUGGACCAUACGUGCGCCAAAAAACAACAGGAUUUACCUGCGGUUCUUAGAGUACCAGAUGGAAAACUCCAACGAGUGCAAGAAGAACUUUGUCGCUGUUUACGACGGGAGUAAUGCCAUCGAGCACCUGAAGGCCAAAUUCUGCAGCACUGUCGCCAACGACAUCAUGCUGGACACGGGCAUCGGAGUGGUGCGGAUGUGGGCAGACGAGACCAGUCGUCUCAGCCGCUUUCGGAUGCUCUUCACAUCUUUUGCAGACCCUCCCUGUGUGAGCAGUGCGUUCUUCUGCCACAGCAACAUGUGCAUCAACACCUCGCUGGUGUGCAACGGCAUCCAAAACUGCGUCUUCCCCUGGGACGAGAGCAACUGCAAAGAGAAGAAGAGCAAAGGUCUGUUCCACCAAAUGACAAAAACCCAUGGGACAGUCAUCUGCGUGUCGACUGGAGUUGUGCUGCUGCUGCUCAUCGUCUCUGUCCUGGUGCAGCUGAAGCAGCCGCGUAAAAAGGUGCUGGUGCGCAAGAGCAAGCUGCUUCACCAGGGUGAUCUCCAGGAGGUGUUUGACCCUCCACAUUAUGAACUCCUGACUCUCCGGGACAAGGAGAUGUCUCGCGACAUGGGCGAUUUAUCAGAGGAGCUGCAGUCACUCCAGGCUCUGCGGAGAUCCUCGUCUGGAUCUCGCUGCAUUCAUGAGCACCACUGCGGCUCUCAGGCCUCCAUCAACUCCAUCAAGGCCAGCCUGGGUGCUCACGGCCUGGGCAGAGGGUCCGUGGAUCUCCCUCCGCUGAGAGGAGACAUCCAGGGAGCCUUUCCCCCUUUUCCUGACCUCAGCAACAGCCAGAGGAAGAAGAGCUGGCCGAGCAUGAAGACGGGCCGAGCGCACCAGAGCGUCACCAGCAGAUCUGUGAGGUGUCAGGACAGAGUGAUGGAGGAGGAGGAGGAAGAGGAGGAGGAAUACAGGAAGUAUGACAUGCAUGUGCGCCGAGGAGGCGGCAGGAGAGGGCAUUAUGAAAUUGCACAGCAGAGAUCACUGUCAAUGGACUUCUGAAAAAGUACAAAAUACAGACUGCUACAAAACCUAUUAAUGUUAAAAAGAGCAUGGAGGGGCGAAAUGUUUUGAUAUGUCGUGUCUUUGCACGAGACAAGAAUAAAUGAAUUGUCCUUGACCCACUUCUUUCUUACUUCAUUUAUGAAUCUCAGGCUGUAAAAGUUUGUUUACCUCUCACAUUCAGGUGUCAGACACGUUGUCACCAUCACAUGAGCGUGUUGUAUAAUCAAGUGAUGUCAUCAAAAGUACCUGGCAUGUCCCUCGUCUUUCAAUUUCUAUUUCAAGCACCAGUGGAUUUUCAGAAAACAUUUUUGGAGACUGAGCCAAAGAA